AUGACUCCUCAAUCUGCCCUUGCUAAACACCACUGUGUGAUCAUGGAUGUCGACCGUCAACUCUCGCACUCAAACGAUCAUUACCAAUAUCUGUGCAAAAUACCCGCGUGGAUGGACGAUCGCCACAAGACCGCGAACAUUCUGCGGCUAAGUACGAUCAUCGAAAUACUGGAAGAUGACGAUUUGGUCCACCUCUCCAACGACCGCAUCGCCGCUUACACGUUCAUGGCCAUCAGACUGGCAGUUGACGGAGCCACCGGACACUUCCUCUACGAUUUUCGUAGCAUAAGAGCCCGAAAUAAGGAUAAGUUGCAGUAUUCACGAUCACCGCUCGUGGAAUUAGGGAUCGGCGAGGACGCUCAUCGACUCACUAUGGAGCAGAUUUGGCUUAAAAUACCAAAACUUACAGUUAAUUUCGAAGAAAGGAACGUAUGGGCAAAAGCAAUGGACGACAGCAGACCAGACGCUCGCAAGGACACGAACGUAUGGGCCAAGGCGACAAACAAUCGCGAACAGACCAAACGCUCACGAAGACCAACACGUUUGGGCAGCGGCAACGGACAACAACAGCAGACCAGAAAGUGCUGGGUCCAGCACCUCCAGCUGGCACGUACUGAAGGAAAAGAACGCACCCUUAGAUACAGCAAAGAAGAGGCAAUUACAUAUCCAAGACCACCCGAAAUGUCUGAAGAAGACAAUGGAGGUAAUGGCGGUAAGGACGGAGGUAACGGUGGAAACGGUAACAAUAAUAAUGGCAACAACAACAGUGAUGGGGAAGGCCAGCAAGCUCAAAACGAAGCUCUAAACUACAGCCCACCCGACCUAUACGCUUCAAGCAAACUUUUAGGCCGCGCUUAG